GCUCUUACAACAUGGCGGAGGAAAGACCGUUUUCAGUAGCUGUGUUGUUUGGCGUGGUGUGGGUACUCUUAGCCUAUCUUGCUGGUGUUUUGGUGCUUCCUCUAUGGAGUUAUUUGAACAUAGGACUGUGCAGUUUGGCCGUAUUGCUGUGUGUCAUGAAUUAUGUUAAUGAAUACUUAGGAAAGUUCCCACUGGAUUACAGGUACGAAGUCAAAACGAAGAUUAGGGACCGAUCGUUUAUUUACGUCCUAGGUGGGGGGCGGGGGUUUUCAGAAAAGUGUUGUGUAUCAAUACCUCUCCCCCCCUCAAAAAAAAAAAUAAUUACAUAUGAAAACUGUACCCCCCUGGCAAUAGCAAGUUUUAAAAUGUACCCCCCCUCCUCCAACCCCCACUAGACCAAGAUAGAAUUGUAGUUGGCCUGGUCAAAAAGUCUUAACCAAGGUCUAUGGCUUCACAUUUUGAUCCAUUUCAUGCCACUUAAUCAGUAAAAGGAAAAAUGAAAUCCUAACACAAAAACACCAAUAUAAUGUGAAAUAUUUAUCCCACUUUAAUAAUAAGAAUGCUUUCAGGAAAUAAAAAAAUCUAUAUAUUUUUUCCAGAUUUCAGCUGUAUGCAUAGGCAUAUGUGAGUACAUACACGCUACCUGGUAGUAGAAAUAGCUGAUAGGUUUCUGGGCCAAGCUUUAUACGGGUAACAUUUUGUUGUUGACAAAGAACCGCAGAAGCAAAUUUUUUGUCUACUUCUGAAUGAAACGUGGAUUUGCUUCAAUCAUAUUAUAGUUUGACAACUUUUACGUGAAAGGCCAGCCCCGUAUCUCAAUAUUUCAACCCCCCUCACAUUUUGUGCAUUUUCAAAAUUGGCCCCCCCAAAUUGAAAAUCAAGGCUCUUAGAAAAUUGUACCCCUCCACCUCAGGACAUAAUAAACGAUUGGUCCCUUAGAGCUUUUUUAAAAUUGGCCCCCCCAAAUUGAAAAUCAAGGCUCUUAGAAAAUUGUCCCCCCCCCCCUCCACCUCAGGACAUAAUAAACGAUUGGUCCCUUAGAGCUUUUUACCAAUGUCUUAAAUUUUACUUUUAGCAAAAUUUUCAUUAUUCAUGUAAUCUAUAAUUAAUUAUAUAUUCUCUCCAUUGUUUUAAAAGACGAUAGCAAUUUUUUUUCAUACUAGUUACUUUUUUCUCGCAAUUUUUUUUAUACUUCAGAUUAUACCAUAAGUUUCCGUUCUCCAUGCCAGACUGAAUAAUAUUCAAUUGCCCCACAUUGGUCAUGGAAGACAUAAAGAGAACCUUCUACACCAGGUGUAGAAGGUUAUGUCAUCAGUAGUUAGUUUCUGUAGUUUGAUUAUUAAAUAUAGGCCAAAAGACUUGCUGUCCAUAUUAUGGAGACAUCAUAUGAUAUUGUAAAAUUGACCACAGCUGCAGCACAGAUGCCAUGUGGGAAUUUGAAUUACAUCCUUGUUUUGUGCACAUUAACCACAACAAUGAAAAAGCAUUUAUAAAAAAACUAUCUUUGACAAGGUGUUUUUUAACAACCAAUGAUGCUGAGGCAUUGUUUAUAAAAGGACCACACUCAGCAUGAAGAGAAAAAGAAGUGCGACAAGCGGUCAAGAAGAUUUCAAUCAAGUUAGAAGAAAAUUUAUCCUCAGUUGUGAUUCAUACUUCAGAACUUGUGUGGACUAAAACAAUAGUGCUGAGAGAUUAGCAAAUCUGAACUCCUCUGCUUUUGUCACAAAAACAAAACAUUUCUGUGUGGACUCAAUGAAGAGUCAUGAAAGUUGUGAACAACACUUGGAAAGUCCAAGCCACUUUAUAUUUUCUUGUACUAGUGGCUUGUCCUCGUGGACUAGUAAUUUAUUAAACUCCAUGCCCAAUACCUAGUGUCCAAAACAAUUGGUAGCCCUGGACUUUAUGAUCAGAUGACCCAAUGGCAGCGAAGACAUCUUAUAAGAAGUGAAUUUACUUUCUUCCAGUCUUUAUCACAAUUACUCAUAUCCAUUUACUUUUAUCAACAGGAGAUGAACCCCCUUGGUGGGGGUUCAGAAAGUUCAGAAAGAGAAAUCAAAUUUUAUGGUAGCUUGUUUACGUGCUCCAUAAAAUGUAAUAUUAAGCAAUUUCAUGUUGUAGUCAUCCAAAAACGGCAAAGAAAUUUACAAAAAAGUAUGGUGCAGGUGUAAAGUUGUUGUUUUGCCCCCUUAACCUAUUGUUUAUUUACAUUCUCGUUGCCAUUGUGUCGUCAGAUCAUAAAGUCCUUAGUCUGGAGCACUGCACCUGUUAAUGUUAAACCUGAGGAGGGACCACAUGCUGAGGUGGGGACUUUGGGUCGCAAAUUCUCCAUCCUUUGGCCGAUAUUUAAGUUCAAAGAUCCCCACUAGGAGCUUUAAUUUUUUAACAAUAUUAUUAAGAUGGCUGGAAAUAGUGUCAUGUCACCAGCGCACCUGAAGCAAAGUACUAAUAUGUGAUAAAUGACAUGCAAUUUAUAAUAUAACAAAUGUCGUUGUUUUAAUUGAUAUGCAAUGGGGGAGCAGUAAUAAAAAGACCUUUAAUCUUUUCUGACAACAAAUCUCUGCAAACAGUAUGAAUAAUAAUCCGUCUUCCCAUUUGAGUUUGUUUUCUAUCCAUGGAAUACUGGAUAUUCAAAUGGCAAUUGAUUAUACUCACACUACGUAUGCGUAAAUUAUCCUGACACUAACAAGUUCUAAAAUCCUCAUACAUGGGCCAAGUUUGCUCAAAUUUCCCCUCCCUGGGUUCAGCAUUAAAUUUCAUUCAAAGUUAUCCAAAUUUUCCUACAUGGAGCUGUUGUGGUACCUCUUCAUUUUGCACACAACUUUUGUUGGCCAUUUACCAGCCAUUUUACCAAUAGAAUAUGUGAAUUACAGGACCUCAUCGAACACCUCAAGGGAACGGCAAGAAGUAUGAGGAAAGGGAAAAAGGCAAUAGGAAGGAUAAUUUUUAAAUGGAAAAAAAACUUAUGCUAUCCAAAAAAAAAAUAUGUAACUACACUAACUACAAUAAUACUAAAUGAAAAGAGCAGAAGAGAAAAAGACUCUUCUGCCCAGAAUUGUUCUCAGGACCUCUUAUGCACGGGGCCACAUCAUUACCACUGCGCCACAUGGGAACAUACCAUCAAGGAGAUGAUAAUGUUGUAUUUAAGCAGUUUUCCUUAGAACUUUGGCCACUGUGCCCUGUUGUAGCUGAUCAAGCCCUGUUAAACACAAAUUCAAGACUAUUUUUGUGGAGAAUGACUGGUGUUUUUAUGGUAAAAACCGAAAAAAACCAAACUUAAGUGCAUUUCAUCACAUGUUUUAAAGAACAGAUGUCCAACAGAGCCGAUACGGUAUAAACUCAUAUGCGAGCAAAACUUGUUUUGUUACCUUGUUUUUUGCUCAUAUCCUUUGGCUAAUAAUCCAAAUCACUUCCAUUUUCUCUUGAAAGUACUUUGGCCUUCGAAAUUCAUUGCAAAAAGCACUUUUCAACUCCUAAAAUGGGCACUAAGAAGACAUUCCAAGGUGGACAUUGACCAAACUCAAUAGAUUAGUAGCAAAGAGAUGAUUACACUUGCCUUGCGAUCCUCAUUGAAGUUAUGCAGUGCUGCAUGCACUUUGCCCAUGACGAUAUUAUAAACCUCACUUUCAUGAGGUGCAUUGUGCCUUACUCCACUCGGUACAAUGUCAAAGGUUAAAUGCUUGUUUAUAGUGGAAAGUGCACUUAGCUUAUCCAGUUGGCUUUUUACAAGUGUGGCCAAGGAUUUGAACAAAUUGACCCAGGUUAAAACAAAUUAACCCAGGAUGAAAACAGAUUGUGCAAACAUGGGUAAAACAUGGACCCCCAGUCCAUGGACCACCCCUAAUUUUUGUAGAUGAAUUUUUCAAGAGGUCAGAAAUGGAUUUUAGGCACCUUAAAUGGGCAAAACUGCUUUCAGUUUAUAUUAUCAGGGUUAUGGGCUCUCAUGUUAUACACCUGUUUAAAUUUUCUUGAACUCCAUAGAUGGGCUCGGUUUAGUAUGUUGAAGGAGUACUAGCAAAAUAUAUUGUAGGGAGGAAUUAGUCCCCUAUGCAGACGUUUUGGUGUGUGUCAUAGCAUUGCAUGCACUUCCCAGACUUCCCAUCUCUUGAUAGGCCAUAGAAUUGUUUUUUCAUUGGCAAACUUAUUAAAUCCUGCUUACAGAUCAAGCACAAAAUGACCUGCAUAUAACUGUUGCAUCUGCAAAGCUUGUAAGAGGUCUGAGCUUGACCACAUUGUUUUGAAAUAUGCAGGUCAUGUUGUGCUUGAUCCGUAAUCAGGAUCAAUACGUUUGCUGACAAAUAAUUGUUUCUGUGGGCUAUCAGAGUCUGGGGAGGAUACUCAAUCAUCAUGUGUUAGCUCUUCCUGACUUUCCUCUCUAGUCUCUGCAGUGAUUUUUGCAAUACUUCGACACAUUACAAGCUACGUAGGACCCUACCUCUCCUCCGUUCCCUUCAAAUAUUGUUACUCAUUCAUCAGACUAGCUAACCCAAACCCAUUACAUUGGUAUGGAAUUCAGGAAAAAUUUGAACAAAUGUAUAAUAUGAGGACCCCAUAAUCCUGAUAAUAGUUAUAUGUAAUUUAUUGACACAGAUUCAUCCAUUCAGGGUUCUCAAAACUGAUUUAGACCUCUAGCAAACCGGGGGUCCAUGUUUUGUCGACAUCCUUGAACCUGGGACCGCCAGAUGGCGAGUCCAACAGUACCAGCUGUCCACUCAGCCACACUUUCUCCUAAAUUUCUCAAACUCGUUAAUAAUUCAUAAAGAAAAUACAAAGGAAAUUUAAAUGAUUAAUGAGUGUUUGGAAAUCAGACAAGAAACUGCUCAUUUUUGCAUCCUUAAUUUCUCCCUCUAAAAUCAUUUUGUUUGUGAAGUAAUAGCAAGCAUUCAACACCGUGUUUCAUCACCAGAUCAAAUACCUCAAAGUUCGUCAAAAAUACUCUACUGUGCAUCAUAUCUUUAACUCUCUUCUCAGUGUUUCAUCUGCCGAUGACUGAUAUCAUUACAUCGAGCACUUUCAAAUCCUAAAUUGUAAAAUUCCCCCACUCCUCCAAUAAAAAUAUGCUUUUUUUAAAAUUAAAGAUUAAUACCCUUAAGUUACUGGGUUCUACAUGUAGAUACAUUUUGUUCAUGGGCAAUUUGUAGGAUUCAUAAUUCAUUAUUCAUAAGUCAUAAUUCAUCAGCAAAAGAUAUUAUUUCAAUCUGAAAACUAAACAGAGAGGAAAUUCUUGCAUAUUGCCAGUUUUGAGGUGUUUGUAAGAGAUGCAUUUUUUAGUAUUUCUUCAUUAAGUUAACAAUGUUUCUAAUUUUUUGUAGUAAAUUUGCCUCAGAUGGAGAGAUCAAUGCACGGCUUGGUUGGUCAUUAACAUAUGCUUUGCCAGCUGUGAUUCAGAUUGUUUUGUGGUAUAUUGUUGGAAUGCCACAGACAACAUUUCACCUUGUAGCUUUAGUGACCUUUGUAGGUCAUUUUGGGAAAAGAGUCCUGGAAGUUCUGUUUCUACACAAGUAUUCCAAGAAAAUUUCUGUUUUGGGAGUAGCAGAGGUAAGACAUUAAAUUUUAUUCAUAGUAGGUGUAUUGGCUGCCUGACUCCAUCCUUUCAAUCCUCUGUGUAAAAAGACUCUUUAAUCCUAUCUCAUUGUCAGUAGAUACAUGGUCUACACAACUAAUAGAAUCAAAAGUGGGUGUUGAUGCUUUUGCAGCAAACUUCGCAGUGAUCAUGAGUGACUGCAUGUCAACCUUGUUUCCAAGGUUCUCGAUAAGGUUCUAUGAGUGAAUGCAUGCCCAAAGUGAACUACACACGGGGAUGCUCGUCGGAAAUUUCGAAUUCAACCCCUAAAGGAGAACGAUCUGGGAGUGGCGCAAGCUUUUUUAACCGCUAAAAGAGACCAUGCUAAAACACGGACAAUAUAUAUAUAUUUAUAUUUUUUCGUGUGCAACCCUAACUGAGACCUUCAUGGCUAAAUAUGAUGGCGUUUUGCCCAGAACACCCUAAGUGAGACCAAAAUCCAACAUACCAACAAGCAUACCAACAAGAUUGCAUUAAUGAAUUUAUUAUUCGAAGGUUGAAUCCAUUGGUCGUUGUAAAUUUCAGUUUCAUCUUUGCACUCUUGCAUAUGUAAUGAGCAGUGAAUUCACACACAAGGUAUUCAUGAAAGUUCUGCUGGCACAGUUUUCUUGAAUUUGAUCUUUAAUAAAAUUAAUUUUUCAAUCAGACCAAAUACAGUCAGAGGAGUUAUUGUCAAAAAUUCAUUGCUCAUUACGCAUGCAGGAAUGCAUAAUAUGUGAAUUUGAGACUGGUUGCAGCAACGACUAAUUGAUUCAUUUAUGCAAACUUAAGUGCCUUGACUGUAAAAUGUAUUUUCUCUUUGUGUUAAACACAUUUCCAUACAGUGCCACCAGGGAUAAAAUUGAACCACAACAGAGAUAUUCCCAUCCCGAUGAGUACCAUGGUGUCUCCAUACAAAGCUGUAUUAAUAAAUUUGGGAAAAUCAUUUCUCCUUUUAUAUCCCAGAUUCUGGACUUAAUCUACUGGAACAAAUUAUAUUUUUGAUGAUGUGACAGUGAAAACCAGGGAUAAGUUUGAUUGUUCAGCACUUAGUUGUUAUAAAAAACUGUUUGACACAUCCUUUCGAGACAAUACUUUGUUUGUCACUAUCAUUAAAAGGAUAUUUCAUGUUUAAUAGUAAGAAGAUGAUUGUUUCUUGUUCUCUCGUCAGUCACUCAGGAAACUCAACUCAUUUUGCUCUUGACUAGUCACGGGCGGAUCUAGAGGGAGGGUGCAGGGGGUGCGCACCCCCCUCUGAGAUGACCUGCGGUUUUCUAAUACAACUGGUAUUCUGCCAAAAAAAAAAAACUAUGUGGUUUAUUGGUGUUGAAAUAGAGCAAGAGACGAGUACACCCCCUCCUAAAAAAAAUCCUGGAUCCGCCCCUGCUAGUGCUAGUGAAGGGGGGCCGCAUCUUUCUAGGCUUGAUUUCAGCCACUUUCCCAAUUUGGCUCGUGCACGAGCAAACACUCAUUUUCCAAAAACAGCAGAGCCCUCGUAUCCAAGCUUAAAUCUUCUAAGCUUUGUCCAAAUGUGCACAAUUCAGCCAAUUAAGAGACUGGUUUUUUAACUGUAUUAUAUAAAGAUGAAAAUUUCUUAUGAUCUGGGUUAUAUUGCAAUCGGAGUUGCCAUGGCAACGUAAUGACGUCAUUACGUUUUUCAUUUAUCUUUGUGUUUCCCUGUUCCAGGAGUUUUUUGAUGAAAUCGCUUAAGGGAGUAUGUACCUGCUAUAAUUGCCUCCAUUAUGGCGUAGUUUGAACAAAUUCUAUGAGAGCGUUUUCGAAAUAUUUUGAAAUGUAGUUUUAAGAAUGAUAAAAACAGUGAAAUAGCAUGCUAGCCACACAAUCCGCUAAUAUUUUAAGAAAAUGGUAAGCUUUGGGAACAAGGCUUCAUCUCAUAGUGGUUUGACUCCAUUGGAAACUGCAUCCAAAAAAAGAGGGGAAUUGCUCUGGGCGAUCGCGAGUAAGAAGAAUUUUAUUAACUUGCAUUCAGCUGCUUUUGAUACAGUUUUUGGACGUAAUUUGGUCCAUGCCUAAAAAUUUCGCAUUUUUCCAAAAACCGCUUGAUAAAUUUUUUUAUAAAUUCGACAAUCCCGAGAUCAAUUGUCAAGAAAUAUUCCCUGCAAGUUUCAAGAACAUUGAAAAUAGGGAAGGCUUUUAAAUAGGGCCUCAAAUAUAACCAAUUUUCCCCCCAGAUUUUGUGUUCACAAGUGAGCGUCCUCAUUAUUCACUGGCAUUGUUUCAUAUGCACGUGCACAACCAGCAAAAGAUAUAAAUUUGCAUAAAAAAGAACUCUCGAUUACUUUCCGAAGAAAUAUCAGGAAUAUGCUAAUAGUUGGCUUGUCGUCACAGAUAGCAGUGAGAGCCGAAACGGUGAACGUCACGGCUCAUCGCGUAGGAUGGAAUACUUAAUUAUCUUACUCGGGUUAUAACAUCACAGAAACUAUCACAAAGAGUUGCUCUGAUUUUAUAAUGUAUCAUUAAUCUCUUUACCCGGUAAUUAGCAUAUCCCGAAGAUUUAACCGAGGGUCCUUUUUGAUGCAAAUUCUAUCUUUUUGCUAAAUGUGCACGUGUAUAUAUGAAACUUGAAAACAAUGCCAGUGAAUAAUGAGGACGCUCACUUGUAAACACAAAAUCUAGGGGAAAAAUUGGUUAUAUUUGAGGCCCUAUUUAAAAGCCUUCCAUGUUUUCAAUGUUCUUAAAACUUGCAGGGAAUAUUUCUUGACGAUUGAUCUCGGGAUUGUCGAAUUUAUUAAAAAAAUUAUCGGGCAGUUUUUGGAAAAAUGCGAAAUUUUUAGGGAUGGACCAAAUUACGUCCAAAAACUGUAUCAAAAGCAGCUAAAUGCAAGUUAAUAAAAUUCUUCUUACUCGCGAUCGCCCAGAGCAAUUCCCCUUUUUUUCCUAUGCAGUUUUCAAUGGAGUCAAACCACUAUGAGAUGAAGCCUCGCUCCCAAAGCUUAUCAUUUUCUUAAAAUAUUAGCGGAAUUGUGUAGGUAGCAUGCUAUUUCACUGUUUUUAUCAUUCUUAAAACUACAUUUCAAAAUACUUCAAAACGCCUCAUAGAAUUUGUUCAAACUUUACCAUAAUGGGGGCAAUUAUAGCAGGUACAUACUCCCUUAAGCGAUUUCGUCAAAAAACUCCUGGAACAGAGAAACACAAAGAUACAUGAAAACGUAAUUACGUCAUUACGUUGCCAUGGUGACUCAGAUUGCAAUAAAACCCAGAUCAUAAGAAAUUUUCAUCUUUAUAUAAUACAGUUGUGGUAACCUUUUUUCCAUAUCUUUACUCAUGCCGACAUAGUUAAUGCUCAAAGUUGGAAGGUAUCAACCCCAAAAAAUCCAGUCGAGCCACCUUAAGUAACAUGUAAUCAACUUUUCCACCACAAGAAAGCCUAUUAAAGAUUUUGUUCUUGAAAGACAGGUUAGAUAAAUUACUAGUUUUUGCAGAGGUUUGUGACUUGCAUUUCUUGUGUGACUGCUAGAAAUAUCCAGAAAAUAUCAAAGCCAUAUUGUUUCCCUUUUCUUUAAUGUGCAGGUGUCAACAUUUUAUUCAGUUGGUUCCAUUGUUCAGCACUACUGGUGUAACAUUUACACAGACAAUACUCUUGCAGUUAACCUGUCCUCCAAUCACACUGCAUUAACAGUUGGUGUUGUGCUGUACAUAACUGGUGAAUUUAUAAAUUUGUAUCAUCAUUGGGUGUUAGCCAAGCUGCGACCAGCUGGUAUCUCAUCUGGGUAUACCAUUCCACAGGGAGGACUCUUCAGUUAUGUUGUCUGUGCACACUAUUGUGGGUAAGUUAGUAAAUAUCAUACAACUAUUUUCAUAGGGGAGGUGAAUUGUGGUGGAUUUAUACCAAGGUGCAAAGCUUUAAGCUCCUGGGUUCAAAUCCCAGCAAGCCUGAAUUUUUCGGGCUUUCUUUUUGCAACAGCAUAAGUUGUCUAUUUAACUGUGAUGAUCAUCUUCAUUUCACACGCUGAUCAGGAGGAUAUUCGUUUAGCUGUUUUUAUUAGUGUAACCUUUUUUGUAAAAUAAUAUUAAAAGAUGUCCCUUAGUAAGAGCUUUGAAUUGACAGUGUUUACAAAAUUAGGAGUCAAGUGUAUUUUAUGACUUUGUUGAAGAAAAUAAUUUUCUACUAAGCAGUUAAGACAGACAAGCCAAAUUUUGUUGCUUGUUUGGUAUUUGUUUUUACAGCUGCUUCAUUUAUUGCUGAGUUAAAUGAGAUGUCAUUUUGACUUGUCUCGAAACAGUGAAUAGCCAAGUGAAUAGCCGAGACAGUCUAGGGCUAGACUAUAGUAAUGGGUUUUUGCUUGUUUUUCAGUGAAGUGAUUGCUUGGUAUGGCAUGGCAGUUGUUUGUAAUCACUUGUGUAUAUAUCUUGCAUGGGUGGUAAUUGUAUGCUACUUGGCUGGAAGAAGUCAUCAGACACAACUUUGGUACCAAAAGAAGAUUGAGAACUUUCCUAAGGACAGGAGAAAUCUCUUUCCUGGAGUAUACUAA